GUUGAUUCAUAUCCUUGACCACAUAUAGAGGAUCGUCAACUCUCUAUAAGGCCCGGAGUCAAAGAUUCAAAGGCCUUUUGGUUACUUUGAACCCCCACUCACCUCAAGCGCUCAAACAAUGAUUCCAAAAGAUGAAAAAGUUUAUAAAAGAGCGAAUCUUUCUUUCAUUCUAACUCCCAUGCACAAAGUAUUCAUGAAGAACAUUUGAUACACUUUAAUAAACUUUAACGUCUAAUGAUGAAAAUAUUUUGCAGGUCUCCUUGAACUACUCAAGCAUAAGAAUUGUAAUCUAUUCACAUAAAAGAACAUUACAUAUUUUCAUUAAAUCAAGAGUUGUUUAUUGCGCUUAAACAAUCCCAAUUUUUAUGAAAAUAACAAACAAGAAUACCAAGACAUAAACAAUCACUUUAUAACGAAUCUUAAGGAAAACGUUCAACUUAUGUGGCUAAGAAGUUCAUUUACCUUAAAAUUUUACAAAACACAAGUCACAAAAAAGAUUCACGUAUGAAUUCGAGAAUCAUUUAACUAAAAUAUGGAGCUAAAUUAGCUUCAAUGAUAACCGAAUUCGACAUACCAACCUACUUAUGAAAUCAAAUUUAUAAUUCAACCAAAUUAACAUCAAUUUGCGCAAAAAUUGAAGAAACUAGUAAGAAUCAAUUUUCAUUCAUAAGGGAUUUAAUAUAACAUUAAAAAAAACCAUAAAAGAACACCAACCAUUUUGGAAUUUUUGAAAUUCACACAAGGAAAAAAAGUGUAAAUUUGAAUUGAAACAACACUUUUACAAAGAAAUUGGAGAAGAAAAAAAUGACAAUAUAGAGUUACCAAUUGAUGAAGAAGAAGAUGAAAUUGAAGAAAUUGGAGUUUGAAGAAGACUGUCCACCCUCGACCACAGCCGUCGCCGGAGCUACUGCCGCCGCUGCCAUCGUCGAACGCCGGCCACCAUAGCAGCGGGCAAGCCGCUGCUUUAUUCCCGUCGAUGUUCCCCUCUCCGUCGAUGUUCAAUUUAUAGGCAAAGCUUUUCUUCCCGUCGGCAAUUGAAUGACAGAAUUGAUGGCCGAUCGUUGGAGCGUUAAUUGACUUGGUCUUCCGCCUCUUGCGCGAUGAAGAUGAAGAAGCCGGCUCUUCUCUUUUUUUUUCUUUUCUUGCGUGAAGAUAAAGUGAAGGGAGGUUGUAUGGGCUGGUUUUCUUUUGAUGAUAGAUUUGGGCUCCGGCCCAAAUUUAAUCUCUUUUUUCCAAACUUGAACUGAAUUUUGGCCUUCUGCUAUAUUUUUCUCCAAAAAUAAGAUAUCUGAUAAUUUUGGGUUAGGAAAAAUAAAAUUGAAAAAAAAAUGAUUAAAAAACUACUAAUUUUGAAAGAAAAUUAAGAGAUUGUAAAAAUAGAAAUUAAAAUAAAACUAUGCUAAAAAACUAAAAAUUAAACUCUAAAAAUAUUUAAAAUACCUAAAAAAGAAUAAAAAGAACUAACACAAACCCGGCUUAUCAACGACAUAGGUAAUAUAUGGGCGGGUGAAGGCGAAAAUCUUGUCAAAAAAGAGGGGAAAAUAAAAUGAAAACAAUUAAAAGUGUACUAGUAGGAUUAGGAGUCCUGGACUAAAAUUAGCAAAUAUAAUUAGGGCGAAUUUAGGAAACUUGUCAUUCCAUAAUUCCAUAAUUACCCUCCAGGAGGGCCGAAGCAUAUAUAUAUGGAGCAAUCCCAGCCUCUUGCAUUACACGCACUCCACAGUAUCUGAUCUCUUCUUAAUUACCCUUAAUUGAUUUUUCUUGCUGCGCGCGGAUUCAAUUCCAAAAAGCAAGAAGACGAUGACGGCGCGCGCGGCGACACCGCCCGCCGCCGAGGAAUUCGCCGCAGGUCUGCACUUACUGGCGGACGUGUCGCUACUGGUAGAAAGGGGUUUCAGUGGCAGCCCGGAAAACCCCCGCGACCUCAGCCCCGCGGCCAAGUCUCUCCGGGAAUCGGUGAUUCUCGGGAAGCUCAUCAGGAACAUCAGGAACAUGGAUUUCGUCAAAAUGUCCGCCUCCACCAUGCCCUGGUUUCCGCGUGUGGCGGCCCAUAAAAGGAAGAUUUCAUCGGAAAAGGCCCAUUGCUCCCAUCCCCUCGAGCCCAUUAAAGAAGACCCCCAAGAAGAAGAAGAAGAAGAAGUUGAGAUUAAGAAACGGAAGAAGAAGGAGAAUAACAACAACAACAACAACAGCCCGCAGGGACAUGGGAAUGAUUUCCGGGUCGGUCGGGGCUCGGCCUCGGGCAUGCCCGAGAUCUUCAAGGAGAAGAUUGGGGAGCUAGCGGGGCCGAACGCUAUAAUGGGAGGGGAAAAGCUUCUGAUAGAAAAGGCGCUGACGGAAAGCGACACAAAGUUACUGCAAGGGAGGCUGACGAUGCCGGAGAGGAGCAUGGCGGAGAGGGUGUUUCUGACGGAGGAGGAGAAGCGGUUGGUGCGGCAGAAGGCGGCGGUGGGGAACAGACUGGAGGGGAUCGACGUGACGCUGAUCGACCCGUUGCUGGGGAGGUGGGGGGUGAAGUUGAGGAGGUGGAAUAUGGAGAAAGGGGUGGGGAAGCGGAGCAGCGUGUCGUACGCCAUCAACGAUGGUUGGAACAAGGUACUGAAGGCACUCCACUGGGAAAAUGGGAAUGGGGACGGGAUCGUCGUUCAAGUGUGGAGCAUUCGCGUCAAUGGACGCCUUUGGGUCGCAGUCGCCAGGCCAUAGCUUUGUUUUUAGUCUGAUCAUCGAGGACGACGAGGAAGACGACGAGGACAACCAAUUCAACACAACCAUUUAUGCUUUGAUAUGAUCCUUUAAUUUGUGUAGUUCAACACAAACUCUGGUUCAUGUUGGAAUUGAAUUUGCCACUGUUAGCUUAUUAAUUAGUCCAUACAUAUAUAGUUAAGGAUUAACAGUAGUGAUGAUGUUAAUUACUCCCUCCGUCCCGUAAAGUCUUACCCAUUUUGACUAAAGUUGAAAUUAAGAGAGGGAUAAUUU